CUCUCUCUCUCUCUCUCUCUCUCUCUCUCUCUCUCUCUCUCUCUCUCAUCCGAGUAGUAAAUUUUACGCCUCCACUAAAUUCUCUCUCUCUUCACUUCACUUCCUCACUCUAACUCCAUCGUGUGCAUUUCCUCAUUCCCAUUUGCGUUCGAAAUUUCACACUGCAGCAAUCGUUUCCAUGCCGUGCUAAAUCGGUAAACAAUUGAACCAGAUCUGAACCACGUCGCACCAGAUCCAACUCCGCCGCAAUGGAGGAAGCACUGGAACUGGCACGCGCCAAGGACGGCAAGGAAAGGAUGGCUGGCGUGGAGCGACUCCACCAAGUUCUAGAAGCUUCCAGAAAGAGUCUCAGUUCAACCGAAGUUUCUUCUCUCGUCGAUUGUUGCUUGGAUCUCUUGAAGGAUAGUAGUUUUAGGGUCUCUCAAGGCGCGCUUCAAGCUUUGGCUUCCGCUGCUGUUCUCUCCGGCGAUCACUUUAAACUUCACUUUGAUACACUUGUUCCUGCUAUCGUUGAUCGGUUAGGUGAUGCUAAGCAGCCUGUUCGUGAUGCGGCUAGAAGGCUUUUGCUCACUCUCAUGGAGGUUUCAUCUCCUACAAUAAUUGUUGAAAGAGCAGGGUCUUUUGCUUGGACAUGCAAAAACUGGAGAGUCAGAGAGGAGUUUGCGCGAACUUUGACAUCUGCAAUUGGGCUAUUCUCAUCUACUGAACUACCCCUCCAGCGGGCUAUUCUUCCUCCUACUUUGCAAUUGCUGAGUGAUCCAAAUCCUGUUGUCAGGGAAGCAGCUAUUUUGUGCAUUGAGGAAAUGUUUGCACAAGCUGGGUCUCAGUUUCGCGAUGAACUUCAGCGUCAUGACCUCCCGUCUUCUUUGGUGAAAUAUAUUAAUGCUAGGCUAGAGGGGAUUCAACCAAAAGUCCAGUCUUCAAAUGGUAUUUCUAGUGGUUAUAAUAUUCCUGGUGAAAUUAAUCCUUCAAGUGUAAAUCCCAAGAAAAGUAGUCCAAAGGCUAAAAGUUCAUCAAAGGGCACAUCACUUUUUGGAGGAGAAGGUGAUGUCAGUGAGAAAGCCAUAGAACCUAUCAAGGUGUAUUCAGAGAAGGAAUUCAUCAGGGAAAUUGAGAAGAUUUCAUCUACCCUUGUACCAGAGAAGGACUGGUCAAUACGAAUUGCUGCCUUGCAGAGAAUUGAACGUCUUGUUUUGGGAGGAGCUGCUGAUUAUCCAUGUUUUUUUGGAAUCCUAAAACAGCUAGUUGGACCUUUAAGCACACAACUCUCAGAUCGAAGGUCUACCAUUGUGAAGCAGGCAUGCCAUCUAUUAUGCUUUUUAUCGAAAGACCUCUUGGGUGAUUUUGAAGCAUGUGCUGAAACUUUCAUACCAGUCCUUUUGAAGCUGGUUGUGAUUACUGUGCUUGUAAUUGCAGAGUCUGCAGAUAACUGCAUAAAGACGAUGCUACGCAACUGCAAAGUUGCUCGUGUGCUUCCUCGGAUUGUUGAUUGUGCUAAAAAUGAUCGUAGUGCAAUACUUCGUGCAAGGUGUUGUGAUUAUGCUCUUUUGAUACUAGAACAUUGGCCUGAUGCACCAGAAAUACAGCGAUCAGCAGAUUUAUACGAGGAUAUGAUAAGGUGUUGUGUUUCAGAUGCAAUGAGCGAGGUGCGGUCGACUGCAAGGAUGUGCUACAGAAUGUUCGCAAAAACUUGGCCUGAGCGUUCCCGUCGCCUAUUUUCAUCAUUUGACCCUUCUAUUCAAAGGUUGAUAAAUGAAGAGGAUGGAGGCAAACAUAGGCGCCAUGCAUCACCUUCCAUUCGUGAUAGAAGUGCACCAAUCCCAUCAACUAAUCAAGCAUCAAAUCCCGCUAAUCUAACUGGAUAUGGAACUUCAGCUAUUGUUGCCAUGGACAGAAGUUCUAGUUUAUCAUCGGGGACUUCUAUCUCCUCUGGUGUUCUUCUUUCACAAGCUAAGUCACUUGGUAAAGGUACAGAACGUAGUUUAGAAAGUGUACUGCAUGCAAGCAAACAGAAGGUCACUGCUAUUGAGAGCAUGCUUAGAGGUUUGGAUUUGUCAAAUAAGCAUAAUUCAUCUGCUCUGCGAUCUUCAAGUUUGGAUCUAGGAGUUGACCCGCCCUCAUCUCGUGAUCCUCCAUUCCCUGCUUCUGUUUCAGCCUCUAACCAUCCGACCAUCCUUUCAACAACCGAAUCAUCUGGUUUGGGUGUCAAUAGAGCUAGUAGCCGGAACAGUGGUAUGGGUUUGUCUAAUAUAAUCACCCAAAUUCAAGCUUCCAAAGAUUCUGACAAGUUUUCAUAUUAUAGCAAUAACGGUAUUGAGCCUUCAUCAGAUUUUUCAUCAUACACAAAUAAAAGAGCUACUGAAAAAUUACAAGGAAGAAGUUCUGUUGAUGAAAACAGUUAUAUCAGGGAGACUAGGCGAUAUGCGAGCCCCAAUGUGGAUAGGCAGUAUACAGAUACCCUCUAUAGAGAUGGAAACUUUAGGGAUUCACAGAAUAGUCAUGUGCCUAAUUUUCAGAGGCCUCUAUUGAGAAAGAACGUAACUGCACGCGUGUCUGCUGGCAGGAGAAGGAGUCUUGAUGAUAGUCAAUUAUCUAUUGGAGAGAUGUCAAAUUAUACAGAUGGACCGGCAUCUCUUCAUGAAGCUCUGAGCGAAGGACUUAGUUCUGGUUCUGACUGGUCUGCCAGGAUUUCUGCCUUUAAUUACCUUCACUUGUUAUUGGAGCAUGGUCAAAAGGGAGUUCAAGAAGUAGUUCAGAAUUUUGAGAAAGUAAUGAAGUUAUUUUUUCAGCACUUGGAUGACCCCCAUCAUAAAGUUGCACAGGCGGCUCUCUCCACACUUGCAGAUAUUAUUCGUACAUGCCGAAAGCCGUUUGAGAGUUACAUGGAACGAAUGUUACCCCAUGUGUUUUCUCGUUUAAUUGACCCCAAAGAGCUUGUUAGGCAAGCAUGCUCUACGACUUUGGAGGCUGUUGGUAAAACGUACAGUAUAGAUUCUCUCUUGCCUGCAUUGUUACGAUCUCUUGAUGAACAAAGGUCCCCAAAAGCUAAAUUGGCUGUUAUUGAGUUUGCAAUCAAUUCCUUUAACAAGCAUACAAUGAAUCCAGAAGGUGCUGCUAAUAUUGGAAUCCUAAAAUUAUGGCUUGCCAAGUUAGCCCCAUUGGUUCAUGAUAAAAAUACAAAGCUUAAAGAAGCAGCUAUUACAUGCAUUAUAUCAGUAUACUCCCACUUUGAUUCGUCUGCAGUUUUGAAUUUUAUUCUUAGUUUAUCCGUUGAUGAACAAAAUUCUUUGAGACGAGCCCUUAAACAGCGCACCCCUCGCAUUGAGGUAGACUUAAUGAACUAUCUGCAGAACAAGAAAGAGCGGCGUACUAAAUCUUCCUAUGAUCCAUCUGAUGUUGUAGGAACAUCCUCUGAAGAGGGAUAUGCUGGUUUGUCUAGGAAAGCUCAUUAUAUGGGGAGGUAUUCUGGCGGUUCUCUAGAUAGUGACGGUGGCAGGAAAUGGAGUUCCCAAGAUUCUAACUUGAUUAUAGCCAGUCUUGGCCAACCAGCUUCUGAUGAAACAGAGGAACAUUUGUAUCAUAAUCCUCAAACUAAUUGUGAUAAUAGUAUUGUUGGUUCAAAAACCAAAGAUCUUGCUUACCCAGUCAAGUCAAUGGAUCAAAGCUUUGGCUUUCAAACUGACCACCAACUUGGAUAUGAGGAUAGUAGCAUUAACUUUGAAGGCAUAUCAUCUGAUGUGAAUGUUAAUGGUCUGAUGUCAUUAGAACAUUUAAAUAUUUCCGAAUUGAACCAUAAUCAUCACUCAGCUGAAGAUAUGAAGGGCAACUGCAUGACAAACAUAGGACUCAGCAUUCCUCAAAUUCUUCAUAUGAUAUGCAGUGGGGGUGAUGGAAGCACUAUUUCAAGUAAGCGGACUGCACUUCUACAGUUAGUUGAAGCUUCUGCAGAAAAUGAUCAUUCUGUUUGGAUCCAGUACUUCAAUCAGAUUUUGACUGUUGUGCUUGAGGUGCUGGAUGAUUCAGAUUCCUCAAUCAGAGAGCUUGCUCUUUCAUUGAUAGUUGAAAUGCUUAAAAACCAGAAAGAUGCCAUGGAAAAUUCAGUUGAGAUUAUAAUUGAAAAGCUCCUUAAUGUUACAAAGGAUAUUGUUCCCAAGGUUUCAAAUGAAGCAGAGCACUGCCUGACAAUUGUUUUAUCUCAGAAUGAUCCAUUUAGAUGCUUAAGUGUUAUAAUUCCUCUUCUGGUUACCGAGGACGAGAAAACUCUAGUCACUUGCAUAAAUUGCUUGACUAAGAUUGUGGGGCGGCUCUCUCAGGAGGAAUUGAUGGCUCAGUUACCCUCAUUUCUGCCCGCAUUGUUUGAAGCUUUUGGAAACCAGAGUGCGGAUAUUCGUAAGACUGUUGUUUUCUGUCUAGUGGAUAUUUAUAUCUUGCUUGGGAAAGCAUUCUUGCCAUAUUUGGAAGGGCUUAACAGCACACAGUUGAAGUUGGUUACCAUUUAUGCAAAUCGUAUCUCACAUGCAAGGACAGGAAAAUCAAUUGAUGCUGCUAACGAUUAGCAGGUUCACUGGGGAGUACAUUUGUGGGUUUUGGAUAUAUUCUUAUCCAAUUUUGUGUAUUUUGUACAUUGUGUGCAUGCAAAUUUUUGGUGGGUUUUUUGUGGUUUCCUAUCUCGCCGGUGUGUCAUUUUUUGUCUUCCCGUUUUCUUGAGGAUGAACGUCAGAUUUGGAGAUUGUUGGUUGUGGAAUACGGUGCACAAAUUGUAAUUUACAUCGAGUCAACAUUAUUGGUUGAAUUAUAUGGUGAGGAUUUGGCAAAGGCUAUAUAUUUUUAUUUUUUUAUUUUAUGAAGAAAAUGAAAAGAAAAAUAUGCAAGAUUUGCUCCUUUUCAUU